UGCGGCUGCUACCGAUUCUUAUUAUCAUGUACUUUUUCAACUUUGUCGACCGCUCGAACUUGGCCAAUGCGCGGCUCGGCGGGCUCGAGAAGGACCUCAACAUGACGGGGACCGACUUCAACCUUGCGACAUCUAUCCUGUUCAUUGGAUAUAUCAUCAUGCAGCUUCCAUCCAAUCUUUUGAUCACCAUAAUUAGACCCUCGCUUUAUCUCGGCUGCGUUAUGACAGUAUGGGGACUCAUCACCACUCUCACAUCCCAAGCGGAUACUUUCAAGCAUCUGCUGGUCAUUCGAUUCUUCUUAGGCGUUAUCGAGGCGCCUUUCUUCCCCUCCGCAAUGUUCGUCAUGUCUUCGUGGUAUACGCGCGCUGAGCUUGGACAGCGCUAUGCAUUCUUCUACGCCGGCUCCGCCCUCGCCAACAUGUUCAACGGCCUCAUGAGCGCCGGCAUCCUCUCCGGCCUCGACGGCGCGCGCGGCGUCGCUGGCUGGCGCUGGCUCUUCAUCAUCCAGGGCUCGCUCACCAUCUUCUUCGCCAUGCUCUCCGCCGCGCUCCUCCCCGACUAUCCGCGCACGACGCGCUGGCUCACGCGGGAGGAGCAGGCGUUCGCGGAGUGGCGCCUCGCGCAGGAUGUGGCGGGCGCGGUCGAUAGCGCGGACGCGGUGCCGCUGCUGACGGCGCUGAGGAUGGCGCUGACGGAUUAUAGGGCGUAUCUGUUUGUGGUGAUGCAGCAUUGUAAUUUGCUGUCGCAGACGUUCACGUAUUUUUUCCCGACGAUUGUGGGCUCGCUGGGGUACGGUAGCACGCAGACGCUGCUGUUGACGGCGCCGCCGUGGUUUGCGGCGUUCCUCGCGAGCGUGUUUGUGACCUGGCAUGCGGCGAGAGCGGAAGUGCGCAGCCCACAUAUCGUUGUGUGCAUGUUGCUGGUCGUCAUCGGGAACAUCGUUAUGAUCACGACGCCCAUCAGCUCGGUUGGGCCACGGUACUUUGCCAUGUUCCUCCUCACCUGCGGCGCGCUCCCCGCCUUCCAGGUCAUCCUCACCUGGGUCUCCAACUCCUUCCCGCGGCCGUUCGCCAAGCGGAGCGCGGUCAUCGCGCUCGUGAACAUGCUCGGCAACAUCGCGUCCACGUACGGCUCCUUCCUCUACCCCGCCUCCGAGGGCCCGCGCUACGUGACGGGCGGGGCGGUGAUGGCGGGGAUAGCGGCCGCGUGCGCGGGGAUGGCGCUGGUGAUACGGUUCGUGCUGGCAAGGGAGAAUGGGAAGUUGGAGAGGAUGGAGAGGAGGGGGGAGGAGGCGGGGUUGGAGGCGAAUGCGGCGGGGGUGAGGCAGGUGAAUGGGUUCAGGUUUAUUUUGUGAGGGGUGGUGAGGGUGGUUGGGGGAUGGGAGGUUGGUUGCGAGGGUCGAGGCGGGCUUGGAAGAGCUAGCUUGCUUGUGAGUGUUGGUAGACCGAAUCAUGUUGUAUUUGUAACGAUCAACGAUGAGCAUGCAUGCGAUUGCGAG